GCGGCAAGACAGUCACUUUGCUCUCUGAAUCCCUGGACAAUUUUUGUCCCAAUAGUGACGAGAUGGCGCGCGCAGGGGGGGAAAGGGUGAAGAAGGGCAUUCUAGAGCGUCUGAAUAGUGGAGAGGUUGUGAUUGGUGAUGGAAGUUUCGUUUUUACCCUUGAGAAGAGAGGGUAUGUGAAAGCUGGACUCUGGACUCCAGAAGCAUCUGUAGAGUACCCAGAAGCAGUACGUCAGCUUCAUAUGGAGUAUCUGAGGGCUGGAUCCAAUGUCAUGCAAACCUUUACCUUUUUUGGGGGCAAGGACAAUCUGGAAAACAAGUGGAAAGAUGUAAAUGAAGCUUCCUGUGACCUUGCCAGGGAAGUGGCUGAAAAGGGAAAUGCUUUGGUAGCAGGAGGAAUCAGUCAAACAUCAUUGUACAAAAGAUAUAAGAAUAAACUUGAAAUUAAAGAAAUUUUUCAACAACAACUAGAGAUUUUUACCAGAAAGAAUGUGGACUUCCUGAUUGCAGAGUAUUUUGAGUAUUGUGAAGAAGCUGUGUGGGCUGUUGAAGUCUUAAAAGAGUCUGGGAAGCCAGUGGCAGCUACCAUGUGUAUUGGUCCAGAGGGAGAUAUGCAUAAUCUAACACCUGGAGAAUGUGCAAUUCGACUGGUCAAAGCAGGAGCUUCCAUUGUUGGUGUGAAUUGCCGCUUUGGACCAGAGAUCAGCUUGGCCACUGUGAAACUAAUGAAAGAGGGCCUAGAGGCCUCCGGUCUGAAAGCACACUUGAUGGUGCAGUCACUAGGCUUCCAUACUCCUGACUGUGGCAAAGGAGGAUUUGUGGACCUCCCACAGUACCCUUUCGGUCUAGAACCUAGAGUUGCUACCCGAUGGGAUAUUCAAAAAUAUGCCAGGGAAGCCUACAACUUGGGUGUCAGGUACAUCGGAGGCUGCUGUGGAUUUGAGCCUUAUCAUAUCAGAGCGAUAGCAGAGGAGCUGGCUCCUGAAAGGGGCUUCCUGCCUGAUGCUUCUGAAAAGCAUGACAGCUGGGGGAAUGGUUUGAGCAUGCACACCAAGCCCUGGGUUAGAGCAAGGGCCCAAAAGGAAUACUGGAAGAAUCUGUUGCCAGCUUCAGGAAGGCCAUAUUUUCCUUCUUUGUCAAAACCAGAUGCCUGAGGAUGCCAGAGAAAUAGCUGAGUUGAAAUAACAACAGGAGGUUCUGUCUCAGUGUCUUCUCUGUGAAGUAUUUCCUGUCUAGUCUAGUCCACAUGAAUUUCAAUUGCCUUUAUGGUGAGGACCACAAAGUUUAGAGUCCUUUAUCAUUCUCUAAUUGUUCAAAAGACCUGAAAUUUUUUCCUGAGCCAGGAGCCAGAAAAUUUUGCUUAAAAACUUGCAUUAAAAAGUACUUACUAAUGGUGAAA